GCUGAGCUGAGGUGGAGGCCUGGUCACCCUCACCCCCAGGGCGUGUCACAGAGGAUGCUUGUCACCUUCCCCAGCCCUCACCAUGGAGCAGCUAAGUGUGGCAAACACCCGGUUUGCACUGGACCUCUUCCGCACCCUGAAUGAGAAGAACCCUACUGGAAACACCUUCAUCUCUCCCAUCAGCAUUUCAUCCGCGCUGGCCAUGGUCUUUCUGGGGGCCAGAGGCGCUACUGCCGCACAGAUGUCCAAGACUCUUCAUUUUGAUGGGGUUAAGGAGAUUCAUUCAGGAUUUCAGAGUCUGAAUGCGGACAUCAACAAGCGUGGAGCUCCCUACGUUCUGAAACUUGCUAACAGGUUAUACGGAGAAAAAAGCUACCAUUUCCUCCCUGAGUUCUUAGCUGCAACUCGGACGGCGUACGGCGCUGACCUGGCGAGUGUGGACUUCCAGCGCGCCUCUGAAGGUGCCAGACGCGUGAUCAACGAGUGGGUCAAAGGGCAGACAGACGGGAAAAUUCCAGAAUUGCUGGCUGCAGGCGUGGUUGAUGAUAUGACUAAACUGGUGCUGGUUAAUGCCAUCUAUUUCAAAGGAAGUUGGCAGGAGAAAUUCAGUGAAAAGGCCACGACCGAUGCGCCCUUCAGAUUGAAUAAGAAAGACACAAAAACAGUGAAAAUGAUGUAUCAGAAGAAGAAAUUUCCAUAUGGCUACAUCGAGGAGCUUAAGUGCCGUGUGCUGGAACUGCCUUACCAAGGCGGGGAGCUCAGCAUGGUCAUCCUGCUGCCAGAUGACAUCGAGGACGAGGCCACGGGUCUGAAGCAGAUUGAGGAACAGCUGACUUUGGAAAAACUGCAUGAGUGGACCAGACCUGAGAAUCUGCAUCUCAUUGAAGUCAAUGUCCACCUGCCCAGGUUCAAGCUGGAAGACAGCUACAACCUCAACUCUCCCCUGGCCCGCCUGGGUGUAGAGGAUCUCUUUAAUAGCAAGGCUGAUCUGUCUGGCAUGUCAGGAGCCAGAGAUCUUUUUGUAUCACAAAUUGUCCACAAGUCUUUCGUAGAAGUGAAUGAGGAGGGAACAGAGGCGGCGGCCGCCACAGCAGGCGUUGUGACUUUCAAGAUGCUUAUGCCAGAGGAACAAUUUGUGGUUGACCAUCCAUUCAUUUUUUUCAUACGACACAACCCCUCAACUAACAUCCUCUUCUUAGGCAGACUUGCUUCUCCUUAGAGUCUUGGAAAUACAAGACCAAGCUCAGGGCUUCACUACGCCCACUUUCAAUGGUGAUAAUUUUUAUGUAUCUUCAGUAAUAAAACUACCAUCUCAAAACAAAGAUUUUAUUUCCUUUGUGAGGUCAGUUGUGUUGGCUGUUUACAUCUAUGAUCUUUGGCAUGGGUAUCUCUUUUCCUUUUUUAUACUGAAAAAUUUUAGUGAUUGUUUUUGAACGCAUCACUCAAAUGUAGAGAUUCUUCACAAUGUAGUAAUCUGUGGAACUGCUAUACUCUCUUGAUAGCCAUGGGGAAAAUUAUAAAGCUGUAAUCUGUUUCACAGAUAGACUUCUGGAAGCCAUACAACAGAGAUGCUCUGAUUGUUUAAGGGAGACUUAAAAACUUACUCAAUUGAAAUAUUGGAGAGCAGACUGUUAAGGGUUGGAUUAUGAAGACAUAUUUGCCUUGGCCAGUGUAUCGGACCCUUUGUUCCCCAGGAUUAGUAUUCCAUUACAGCCCUUCUGUUUUUCAGCCAUUAUAGAGCUACUUGGUUUUAAUCUUCCCUUUUUUAUUUUCCUUUAACCUACCUCAUAUUUAGUUUGUGUGUUAUCACAAGGCAUCAAAAAGUAGGCAUCUUAUCACAAAAGAUUCCAAGAACUGCAAAAAGAAAUAUGUAGUAGGAGAGACUGUUAAGCAAAAAGAGGGGCAGAGAUCUCCCUGUUAACUGUGCUUGUUAACUCCCAUCAUCAGAUACAUAUGGUUAUAGUAAUGGAACCGCUUUAUGCAAUAUUGCAUGUGGGGCAGGGAUCUCUUUGAUUAUUAUAAAACUUUAUCCAAUGUACUCCUUGGCAUGGAUCCUGAAAUCCUAAUUUUGUAGCUUCCACAAAGCUGAUGGGCUGACUAAUAAAGUUUCCUAA